CCUGUGCCAUGCAGCAGCGCGCUCCCGCCGAGCGCUCCACAGCGGCGUCCCUGCACGCGCACGUCCUCCACCUCCACCAAUGCGGCGCCGCCGGCAACCUCCUCCGCCGCGCGCACGCGGCCGCCCUGACAUCCGGCGCGCUGGCCGCGUCCCUGCCCCUCGCGGGCGCGUUCAUCCUCUCCUACGCCGCGGCCGCCGACCUGCCCUCCUCCCACCGCCUCCUCCUCCACCACCCGCUCCGCCUCCGCUCCGCCUUCCUCUGGAACUCGCUCUCCCGCGCGCUCUCCUCGGCCUCCCUCCCCGCCGAGGCCCUGCGCGUCUACAACCUCAUGCUCCGCUCCGCCGUCCGCCCGGACGACCGCACCUUCCCCUUCGCCCUCCACGCCGCCGCGGCCGCGGCCGCCGAUGCCGCGCACGCGGCCAAGGGCCUCGAGCUCCACGCAGCCGCGCUCCGGAGCGGCCACCUCGCCGACGUCUUCGCGGGCAACACGCUCGUCUCCUUCUAUGCCGCCUGUGGCUCCGCCCGUGACGCGCGCAGGGCGUUCGAUGAAAUGCCCGCCCGGGACGUCGUCUCCUGGAACUCCCUCGUCUCGGCGUUCUUGGCCAACAGGAUGUUCGAUGACGCAAGGAAGGCAUUGGUCAGUAUGAUGGGGAGCGGGGUCCCUGUGAGCGUGGCAAGCUUGGUCUCGGUUCUGCCUGCCUGUGGCGUGGAGCAGGAGCAGGGGUUUGGGUUGGCUGUGCAUGGACUGGCGCUGAAGACCGGGCUGGACUCCAUGCUCAAUCUUGGAAAUGCAUUGGUUGAUAUGUACGGGAAAUUUUGUCAAGUGGAGGCGUCGAUGCAGGUGUUUGAAGUAAUGCCAGAGAGAAACGAGGUAUCUUGGAAUUCUGCCAUAGGUUGUUUUCUUAAUUCAGGGCUUUAUGGAGAUGUGCUGGCCAUGUUUAGGGAAAUGUCAGAGCGCGGAGUCAUGCCAGGGUCUAUCACAUUAUCAAGUCUGCUACCUGCUUUGGUUGAGCUUGGUUAUUUUGAUCUGGGGAGGGAGGUACAUGCGUAUAGUAUAAAGAGAGCAAUGGACUCAGAUAUUUUUGUUGCCAAUUCACUUGUGGAUAUGUAUGCCAAACUUGGUUCUCUAGAGAAAGCCUGCACUGUCUUUGAAAAGAUCGAGGUACCCAAUGUGGUGUCAUGGAAUGCAAUGAUCGCUAACCUUGUGCAAAAUGGAGCUGAGACUGAGGCAUUCCAUCUUGUUAUCAAGAUGCAAAAGGAUGGGGAACGGCCAAAUUCAAUAACCCUGGUGAAUGUACUUCCAGCUUGCUCAAGGAUGUCCUCUCUAAAGAUAGGGAAACAGAUCCAUGCAUGGUCGAUCCGUACAGGAUUAGUAUUUGACUUAUUCAUAUCGAAUGCUUUGAUUGAUAUGUACGCGAAGUGCGGGCAGCUGAGCUUGGCGCAAAAUAUUUUUGACUUGUCAGAGAAGGAUGAUGUGUCAUACAACGCGUUGCUUCUGGGUUAUUCUCAGAGUCCAUGGAGUUUUGAAUCUCUUAAUCUAUUUAAGGAGAUAAGGUCUGCGGGAAUCGAGUAUGAUGCUAUUUCUUUCAUGGGUGCUCUGACUGCAUGUACCAAUUUAUGUGCAUUUAAACAAGGGAAAGAAAUUCAUGGUGUUUUAAUAAGGAGAUUACAAAGUAAUCAUCCCUUUCUGGCCAAUUCACUGCUAGGUUUAUAUACUAAAGGUGGAAUGCUUGAUACUGCAACAAAGAUCUUCAAUAGGAUUACAGAGAAGGAUGUUGCUUCAUGGAAUACCAUGAUCAUGGGGCAUGGAAUGCACGGCCAAAUUGAUGUUGCUUUCCAUUUGUUUGAUCUGAUGAAGGAUGAUGGUGUUGACUAUGAUCAUGUGUCUUACAUCGCAGUGCUGUCGGCAUGCAGCCAUGGUGGGCUUGUUGAGAAAGGAAAACAGUACUUCAGUCAAAUGCGUGCCCAAAAUUUAGAGCCACAACAAAUGCAUUAUGCUUGCAUGGUUGAUCUUCUUGGGCGUACUGGACAAUUGACUGAAUCUGUUGAACUAAUCCUAGACAUGCCUUUCCAUGCCAAUUCCGAUGUGUGGGGAGCACUGCUUGGGGCUUGCCGAAUACAUGGAAACAUUGAAGUAGCACAAUAUGCAGCAGAACAUUUGUUUGAGUUGAAGCCAGAGCAUUCGGGUUACUACACACUGCUGAUAAACAUGUACGCUGAGGCUGGUAGGUGGAAUGAAGCAAACAAGAUCAGGAAAUUAAUGAAAUCCAGGAAGGUACAGAAAAAUCCAGCCUAUAGCUGGGUACAGAGUGGCAACAAGCUACAAGCUUUUCUUGUGGGGAAUGGUAGCUCUGCCGCGAUAAGUUUAAAUUGACUGGCAAUAUAACAGAUGGUGAACUUAUAUGGUGGUACGGACUACGGAGUCUUCCACUAGGAAUGAAUUGUAUAUAGCACUAUAAUAUUGCAUGUUCACCAAAUCUGAUAAGUAUUGUCACUGUAAUAGUGAAGGAAUGCGAUGAGGAGUGCAAUGACUUUUAGAAGACCGUAGUCGUCGAUGGCUGCACUGUAUGACCUGACAAGAAUCACAUAAAGAUGAGCAAUAUUAAUUGGCACUACUGCGGUCUACAUAUCUUUGCUAAUGGAGUUUAGCCUAGUAAUGGAAGAGAAGGUAGAACUGAUUAUUUCUCUUCAGAGGAAAUUGCACUCAGGCUCCCGGCAUACAUGGUCAUUAGGAUUAUAAAGGCAUGGGUUUAACCAACAGUCACUCACAUGUAUUUUUAGUUUACUCCGGUUGUAGCUUGGGUCUGAACGUGUUGAAGAUGUUGCCAAUCACACAGCUUCCACCCAGUGAUAGCCACGGGGAAGGCGAGAAAUGAUCAUGGAACAAAGCAAAGAAUGACAGCCUGACAGAUCCUGCAGGGUGCAGUAACAGAUGAUACGGACAUGGCAGCUCAGGCGCUUGAUAGGGAGACAUCUCAAGAUAUUGCCAAGGAGUUUGAAGCAAUCUCUAAUUGAAAGAGUGGGAAUGGAUGAGUGGAGUUCCAUUCGAUAGGGAUCUAUAUAGGAUAAAUACUCCAGACUCGAGUAAUUCUUCUCAUUUCAGGUCCAAUCAGCAUCCUCUUUUGCAAUUUAGAGUUUCUUGGACGCCUUGUUUGAAUAAAUCAUCAGGCAGCUGUUUAUAGUAUGAAGUAUAUGAAUGCCUUUGCAUGAUUAUUCGCAUUGGCGAAUGCGGCAAAUCUUUGAAAAGUAUGCAACUCGAUCUGCUUUUAUCUUGUUAGAUUCGAUCAGCUUAUCUGAACAGUUGUUGGUUGCUUUCUUGAUGAAUGUUGAUCUUCGGGUGGUGGCAUAUUCUCUGAUGACUACUCAUGUCUGGUGAUCAUCGAAAGCGAACAUAUUUCAGUUGAACUUUCCUCUGGAAAUUAUCUCCUGUAACAAGCCAUUCCUAGUUUUAGGGCAAAUCUCUUUUGGUGCUGAACAUUUAACACAGUGACUAUUCUGUAGUUCUUCUGGAACCUCCCUUGGCACUGAACAUUUUAGACAGUGACUGUCCUGUAGUUUUUCUGGGAAAUCUCCUUUGGCAAAACCUACCGAUAUUUUGGGCAAAUCUCCUUUUGCCAGAACUGACCUAUAGUCCAGCAAAUCUCCUUUGACAAAAGUACCUACAGUUCUUCUGAUAUCCUUCGUUACAUAUGCUGUUCCUUCCAAUAGUCCGGUGAGCCGCUGAUCUGGGUGCUCAACGCAUUUUCCUCGAGUCGGAUUGCCAGACAAUGGUUUCGGCGCUGAAGGGCCGCGACUAUGCUGCUGCUGAGCUUGGCGUUCUCUUCAGGGAAGCAAGGAGCUUAUGCCAUGCAUCUCUCGAAUCCUAUGAUUUCAAGUACUGUAAACGUGAUUGUAAUAAAGUAGCUCAUGCCUUGGCAUAGUUUGGCCUGUCGGCUGAUGCGCCCUUCUCCGUCUGGGCUUGGAUGCCCCUGAAUUUGUUUGGGUCCUGGCGAACACUGAUAUGGUGCACCAGGUUUAAUGGAAUAGAUGCUAUUCCUCUCAAUUUUUUUUUUGCUCCCUGGACAAUUCUCCUUUGGCAUUGGCUUUAGCCAUAGAUUGAUAUCUUGGCACAUCUCCUUCGGCUUUAGGUUUAGCUUCAAUCCUGUCUGGGCAAAUCUCCUUUGGCGGUUAGUGGUACUGCAUCAGGGAAUUCUCCUUUGGCAUUAGCACUCAAGCGUGCUGGCCAUACACAUUGGUCCAAACGUUAACCUGCUGUCCAAAGACUGUUCUUUAGUUUAUCACAUUAUCACAUAGCACAGCUUAUUACAAAAAUGUGGGAAUGAAUUUAAUCUAAUUAUUAUUAACAAUAUCGGUCGUUUCGUAUCACAUGAAAAUGACAAAGUGUUGUG